AUGAAUACCAAACAAUACAUUCAAAUCAUUCCGAGUCCCUACAAUCCCGAGUGGAACAUGAUACGCUUGUUCUCUCCUGAUAUGAAAAGUGGAGUGUGCGAGAUUCAACUCCAUGGAGCUCAUCUUACGAGUUAUAAACGUACAUGUUGUGCUUCUCCAAUAUCCUCAUCAUCCUCAUCAACAUUAUCAUCGGAACAGUCAGAAAAUCAUCAUGAUGAUGAAUUAAUGUUUGUCAGUGAAAAGGCUGUUUUUGCAACGGAUAAAGCCAUUCGUGGUGGUACUCCAAUUUGCUUUCCUCAAUUCUCGGAUAAAGGCCGUUUGAGUAUGAGUCAUGGAUUUGCAAGAAAUGUAAAAUGGGAACACGUAGAGAAUGUGGAUUCGUCCAACAUGUAUGGAUAUGACUCAUCUGCAACAGUGGCUUGCUUGAGAAUGAUUAAGAGCUCAAGUUAUGAAGGAACGAACAAGGAAAUUGCUCAAUAUUUGGCCGAGUAUGAUGUGUUGAAUGUGGAAAUGAUUUUUGCAUUGAGUAAUGAUAGUUUGGAAAUGACAUUGAGAGUGGCAGAAGACACCAAUGCAUUGGUAGAGGAUGAAAAAUUUGCAAAGGUCAAAUCAUUUACUUUUGCUUUCCAUAAUUAUUUCCGUGUGGAUGAUAUUACACAUGUCACUCUUGAUGGAAUUCAUAAUAAUCAUCAUGGUGUACAAUACAUUGACAAGGUCAAGAAGGGAGAGCUCAUUACUGUUGAAAAUUCUUCACCAUUUGAAAUCACUCAAGAAGUUGACAGAGUUUAUCUUGAUAUGUUAAACCCUAUUGAGAGUGUCAUUGUGGAAAAUAAGCCAACAAACAUUUCACGAAUGAUAUCCAUCUCACAAAAUGCUUCCACUGCACAAAAUGUUGUGGUUUGGAAUAUUUGGAAGGAAAAGUGUCAAAAAAUGUCUGACAUGAAGACAGAUGACUUUUCGAAAUAUGUUUGUGUUGAGGUUGGCCAAAUACAAACUCCUGUUGAAUUGGAGCGAGGAAAGGUGUUCACUUCAUCACAGAAAAUUGCUGUGAAACAUGUUUCUCAAAAUUCUUCCAAAUUAUAA